AUGGUAAAAACGAUAACUCAAAUUGUAUUAAUCGUUCUCAAUAAAACAGUAAAAAGAGCAGAAGCAGCGACUCAUAGUUUUUUAUUUUUGCUUGUCCUGCUUUUAUAUGUUAUUUUUAUAUUCAGAGAUAAACCAUAUAAUUAUCCAAGAUUCAGCUGGUGACACGGAAUGAGUAUCGUUGGAGUUAUAUGGCUGAGCUCUAUAUCAACUAUGAGUAUUUUAUUAAAUAACAGUGGGUUUCCUUGAAUCUCUUUAGUGGUUGCUGGGUGAACUAUUAUUUUGAUUAUUGGAUUUUAUGUACAAAAGAAAAAAUAUCCAAGUCUGCUAUAUAAAAAGAAAGGCAAAGAUACAGGCACUCUCUUUAAAUUUGCUUUUCAAGUCGGGCGUAAAUCGAAAGUAAGCGCACAUGUGCUUAAUAACAUGGAAAAGUGAACAAAAGUAGAGCCAUCUUCUAUAAAAGAUAGCUAA